UUUAUAAAAUCUCCAUGCAUGACUUCUCCGGAAGGGGGCGGAAGCGGCACAGUGAGUAAUUCCGUAGAAAACAAACGGGAAGUGAGGCGGGUUGUUAGCUGGCUAAGCUAAUUAGAAUCAUCCAAAAUCAUGGGGGUAAAAGUCCAAGUGGAAUACUGUGGAGGAUGAGGAUACGAGCCCCGCUAUCAGGAGCUUGCGCGGGUCGUCAUCGCCGAGUUCCCUGAUGCGGAGGUGUCAGGCUUCGUGGGGAGGCUGGGUAGCUUCGAGAUCGAGAUCAAUGGACAGCUGAUCUUCUCGAAGAUGGAAACCGGUGGUUUCCCAUACGAAGAUGAUAUAAUGGAUGCUCUACAGAAAGCACUGGAGGGAAAGCCAGUGGAAAAGAUCACCAAGAGCCGUCCACCUUGUGUCAUCCUGUAACUGUGGAAGCAGAAGUCUGUGCCAUCUCCUUUUUGUGAAUGGCACACUACCCACCCCUGAUUUCCUCCCCUAAAUCUAUAUCCCACCAUAAUAUUUACAGUAGUGUAGAAUCAUUUUAUUUUAUUAUGGAGUACUGUAAGUUCACCCAUCCUAUUUGUUCCAUGUGGGUGUGUGAGGUCUUUAAUGAUUGCUGUAGCCAAAAUCGAAGGUUAUGGUAUGAGUAAAACAGCCCUUACACCCCUAUGCUUUACAAUGUAAGUGCAGGAACAGAGAUGGGAGUGGACACCUCUAGGUUUAACUGCUGUGUAAUGCCAGAAGUAACACUGAAUAGGGAUCCCAAAGUGAGCGUCUGCAUUUUGGUCAAAUGUGAGAUGGCCAUUAGUCAGUGAUUUAUCUCCAGUCAAAAUAAAUGCAGCCUUUAUUUGGCAGACACUCGAUUACAUAUUUCUGUAAUAGGUCAAGGAGAAGAGGUUCCUGGCAUGCCUGGGACAACACAGGUGUAAAACUGCCGCAUUGCAUUUUUAUGUUUAUGGGGGGGGGGGGGGGGUGGAUCUUGCCAGAUAUAUAGACAUAGACUUUCCUCUGUGUCAGAAAUUUAAGAGAUUAUUUAAAUUUGUAGUAAAGUGACUCUGGUUUUGUUUUUGACAUUGAAUUAUGCUGUCCAGUAGAGGAAAAUAAUUAAAUACUUUAUUCCAUACUUGAA